AUGCUGGGAGCCGUGUUUUAUUGUUUGUCAUCUAGCACAGUUGCCAAUAGCAUUCUGGAUCUAAGAUCACCUGCUUUUCGUAUUGCCGUCCGUUUUACUUUCUUUGGAAGAUGGGGCAGUAACGUUGACACCUCAACGGAAGUUGCAAAGGUCGAUACGGUGGCUGAAGCUCCGGAUGCCGCAAAUGCGACGGCAGAUAGCUCAAGGGCGCCGGGAACUGGAGAAGCCGUGCCCUAUGGAGUGCCUGGAGCAACACCCACGCAUGUGGGAGGUGUUGCAUCUCCAAAAGCUUCGCCGAAGCCGUCUCCUCGUGAUGAAGCGGCAAGUUUGCCGAGCUCAGAUGAGGAAGCUGCGAAUCCAGCCGACAAACGUGCAGCUGAAACUGGUGAUGAGCCGCCGGCAAAGAAGAGCCGACUUCGUAAGGAAAUUCAUGGAUUGGUGAAGGUUGUGAAGGACGUUGUGAUUUGCCUCACCGCCUCGACGUCCACUUUGGACGGAACCAAUGAAAGUUUGCAGCAGACCAAGAAGGAUAUAGAUGCUCUCUGCAUUCAGUUAGGAGUGGACCAAGUGUCCGCCAAGUACUUCCUAACAUCGAUGCAGCAGCACUCGACGGCCAUUAACAAUCUCAGCUGGCAAGUGACUGGAAACAAAUCCCAAGUCAAUCCAACUCUGAAAGAGCUUUGUCGUGAUUUGAACGACAAGAUCAAUACAGGGAACAGGAGGUUGGCAGAAAUCAAGGAAGAAAAACGUGCACAGCAUGAACAAACCCUGCAGUACCUGAAGGGCAUUGAAUCUGCCGUAGACAGGAUGGUGACUGCGUUGGGGCAGGUGAAUGUUGUGACUGCUGCUCCGGUUGCACCUGGUGUGACACCCACUGGAGUUCCUGUGGGACCGGGUGUGGCAUCAACUGGAGUUCCUGUGGGGCCGAGUAUUGCAGCUCCUGGGGUGGAAGUUCCUGUCUUCACAAAGAAAUUGAACCCAGGACUGGCAGCCAAUACAGGAACGAGCUUCCCACCUGUUCCACCGGCCUCUGUUGGUUAUGCACCACCGCCUGCAGCGCCGGCAGCGCCUGCAGCGCCGGCAGCGCCUGCAGCGCCAGUUGUGCAGCGCGCAGGGCGCAUUCGCCUGCGUACCCAUGAUGGGACGGAAAUCGUACGGGCCGUUUCGCCCAACCCUGCUCGUCGAGAGGCAAUCCCGGCAGGGUGGGCAGAGGAGUAUGGUAUGGGAACUCUCCAGUUGGGCCAGUUGGUAUAUCGAGUGAUUUCUGACGAAUUCAUUCGAACGGCGGUCCCACUCAAUUAG